CAUUUUUUUGGCUAUUUGCAAGAGCCAACCAUUGGCAAAUUUGCAAAUGGGCGAGCCACUGAAUGGCGAGACACUGAUUGAAAAUGGCUGGUUCUUGGAGAAGAACGCGCAAUGGCCUGGACAGGCAAAUGCGCUUCAGGUGAAGGAAGUUCUCCUUCACAAGAAAACCAAAUUCCAGGAUUUGCUUGUUUUUGCAUCCACCAAUCAUGGCAACGUCAUUGUUUUGGACGGUGUGAUUCAGAUUACAGAACGCGAUGAUUCUUGGCAGAUAGCUCCUCCUGAGCCAUAGCACUGGCUUGCGCAAUUUCAAUGAAUUGAUUGAGAAAGGAGAUGUCGUACCAAGAGAUGCUGGCGCACUUGCCUCUCUUCUCCUGCGAGCCUACUCAGGUGCUCAUUGUAGGUGGAGGUGAUGGUGGCAUACUCCGGGAGGUGGUAAAGCACAGCUGCGUUGAGAAGGUCACUUGGUGCGAGAUUGAUGGGGACGUGGUGGACGCUGCCAAGCAGUUUAUGCCAAGUGUGGCCAAAGCUAUAGGCAACCCAAAAGUGGAGUUGCUGGUCGGAGAUGGUGUAGCCUUUGCAGAGAAGUCCAAGGACAACAGCUUUGACGUCAUCAUUGUGGACUCAUCCGAUCCUGUUGGCCCUGCAGAGAAACUGUUCUCAAAAGAAUUCUACGUGAAUGCUGAAAGGAUCUUGAAGCCUGGUGGCGUUAUUUGCUCACAAGGUGAAUGCCUCUGGCUCAAUGAGGAGCUCAUAGCUACAAUGGUGCAGGAUUAUGGGGCCUGCUUUGCUUCAGCCGAGUAUGCGACUAUUCAGGUUCCUACAUACCCAUCCGGCCAAAUUGGAGCUUUCAUGGCGCGAAAGCGCGGUGGCAAAGGUGAGGUGUCUUGCCGUUGGCCGGUCCGUGAGCCAAAGGACAUGGAGCUGCGUUACUACACACCGGAGAUGCAUGCAGCUGCCUUUGCGCUUCCUGCCUUUCUUCAGAGGAGGCUUGAGGCACCCAGCAAGAAAAGGCGCCUUGCUUGGCAAUGAGGCCUCAAGAUCUAGCUUUCCGGUAUGACGAAAAUGGACGUCUUGAUGCUUCUUUGAAACUUCCUCACAAGCU